UGAGUGCGUGCGUGUGUGUGGUUGCUCACCACACACUGACUCAACACACUAUCAGCUCUUAUCUUUGGGUACUGGAGGCUGGAGCCAGUUCAACAGGUCUUAUCAGAGCCCACUGGGAAGGUUCUAGCACGGGUUCAAUGCACCAAAACCUUACAGACCGAAGAGGAUUUGCCCUGUAACAGGUGACAGAGGUUCCUGUGUGGUCCUUCGCUGCCACUGAUGGACCACAGACAGAGCCUUGUGUCCCUGGAGGAUCAGCUGAGGUGUCCCGUGUGCCUGGAGGUCUUUGCCGAGCCCCUGAUGCUGCAGUGUGGCCACUCCUAUUGUCGGAGCUGCGUGCGCUCCAUGACCAUGGACCCCCUGGGGCAGCUGCAGUGUCCCGUGUGUCGCUGCGCGGUGGACGGAGACAGCCCCUCGCCCAACGUCAGCCUGGCCAGGAUCGUGGACGCGCUGCGAGAGCUGAGCGGGCCGGAGGGGACCCAGCCGGAGAGCUGCCCCGAGCACCACAACCCCCUGAGUCUGUACUGCGAGGAGGAUCAGACGGUCAUCUGCGGGAUCUGUGGGAGCAUCGGUGCUCACCACGGCCACAAAAUCACCCCGGUGUGCAGUGUCUACAGCCGCAUGAAGGAGGAUAUUUCCUGCUUGAUGACAGACUUUCAGACACAGAAGCGGAAGCUGGAAGAGCAGAUUUGUAAAAUGGCCUACAACAAAUCCCGCAUCACUAAUGAGUCAGACGUUUUGAAGUGGGUGGUGCGUAAGGAGUUCGGUGAGCUGCGGCGCUUCCUAGAGCUGGAGGAGUCAGGGUUCAUGCAGCGGGUGGAGAGCAAAGCUGCGGGCCUCAUCUCCUCCAUCCAGAGCCAGGCCGAUGACCUCACACACACUCUGGCCAAGUUCCAGGAAGCAGAGGGCAUGUUGGAGGCUCUGAGCAAUGAGAGCCACCUCGGCUUCAUCGCGAAAUAUGGAUCUAUUGCACCAAGAUUUCGAGAAUGUCAGCAGAAACAGCAGAGAGAGGAAAAAAUAUAUAGUUCCAUCAACUUCAAACCAGGUUUCAAUCACAACGACAUCAAGAUCUCUGUGUGGAAACGUUUACACAGGAGGGUCCUGCCAGCUCCAGAGGGUCUGAAGUUUGAUCUCCUCACAGCUCACCCCAUGCUGGAGCUCAGCCAGGGGGACACUGUGGUGGAGUGCGGCACUCUCCUGAAGCGCCUCGCCAACAACCCUGAGCGUUUUAGCUACAGCUACUGUGUGCUGGCCACCCGGGGCUUCUCCUCCGGGAAACACUACUGGGAGGUGUUUGUGGGAGACAAGCCCAAGUGGCGCUUGGGGAUCAUCAAGGGCACCGCCGACCGCAAGGCCAAGCUCCCCAAGAGUCCAGAGAGCGGUGUGUGGCUGAUUGGCCUCCGGGAAGGCCGCGUGUACGAGGCCUUUUCCAGCCCACGCGUCACCCUGCCCCUGGUCACUCAGACCAACAGGAUCGGGGUGUUCCUGGACUACGAGGGUGGAGUGCUGAAGUUCUACAAUGCAGACAGUCCAGAUGAGCUGGAGGUCAUCUAUACUUACAGUACAGAGCUGCAGGGUAAGGUCUACCCGCUGAUUGAUGUGUGCUGGCAUGAGAGGGGGGCCAAUAAGCAGCCCAUUUCUCUGCCUCAGACCCACAAGGAAAGAUAAGUGGUUGUUUUUCUCCAUUAAGUCAAACACUAUACCUGACAAUGAGUCACAAAGGCAGACAUUGACAAGCAAAGCAAUCGGAAGUUAUAAUGAAGCAAUGGGCAAUCCUUACUGUAACCACAUGGUGGCAAUACUGUCCAUAAUAUUGUCCACAGCCCUCUAUGGACCAGGACGUUUGAUAAUUUUGAUGAUCAGUAGUCAUUUCUUUUGUGAUUUAUUUUGUAAUUGUACAUUUGAAUGUUGCAAUAAAAACGAUCAGUUAAUAAAGCUGAGUAGGUCUUCAUCCCUACAGAACGAGCUACCAGUAGACCACAUUAACAAUGUCAGAUUUGUUUGAAUAUUAAAGCAAAAAAUUAAACCAUUGUAGUAUGCCAAAUCAAACAAAAUACAAGUAUUUCAA